GGGAGGAGCCCAGAACAACUACAAUACUUCGGAGCUUUACGCGGCUCAAAAGCAUGCCAAUUCUAAGGAACAGUAUUCCAAAAAGGCUCUACAGUUACACUCACCCUUCAGUGGCUGGUAACUUAUCAGAAGAAGUUAACAGAGAGGAUGAACCAGGGAGACUAAUAAGGAUCUACAUGAAUUAAUGAAUUAAUCAAAGAUAAAUUGGAAAGGCCAACACAUCCCACAAUUGCCUCGGACGGGUCGUGUCGGGUUGAACACUUUGCAAUAUCACGGAAAUAUCGGCAUUGUAAACGCCGACAGUCUAGUAUUAAAACAAGAGGUGACAAAAGUAAACGUUAUUUACACCAGUAUGCCUAGCCUAUUCUCUAAAGAAGAUGCUGUAAAAUUUAAAUAAACGGUUUGCGGGGACUUUUGAUGCUUUGCAUCCUGACGUCUCCACAUGGAUCAACCUCUCUAACCCAAGCAUCCUUUGGAUUAGCCACAGUCUUUCUCAUUCUGCACAACGGAUACAACGGACAGAAAAUGCUACCCCGCAUCGUUUUCCUUUGCUCAUUUUUCACUGCUGCUUGUUUCCAAGACAUCCAGCCCUCCAAGGCAUUUCUGAGUGAAUCCUGUGACUCAUUGUGUACUUGUGAAGAAAAAGAUGGCAUCCUGUAUCUUAACUGUGAGGAGAGAAAUAUCAGCAAGAUCUCCCAAAUCAAAGUGCCGUCAGCUCGACCUUUCCACCUCAAUCUGUACAAAAACGACUUGGUGGAGUUGCAUGCAGAAGACUUGGAAGGUUUAAAGAAUGCCGUUUCACUUCAUCUCGGGGCUAAUAGCAUACAAGAGCUUGAACCUGGGGUCUUUAGUGCACUGGGCUCCUUGAAGAAGCUCCACAUCAACAGUAAUUUCCUGGUCAUGUUGAAGGAAGACACUUUUCACGGCUUGGUAAAUUUGGAGUUUCUCCAGGCGGACACAAACUUCAUCCGCGUGGUCGAGCCGGGGGCAUUCAGCAAACUCAUCCGCCUCAAAGUUCUGAUCCUCAACGACAAUGCCAUCGAGUUUCUUCCCAGCAAUAUUUUCCGGUUUGUUCCGCUCACCCACUUGGACCUGCGGGGGAACCAGUUACAGACCCUGCCUUACGUUGGCUUCCUGGAGCACAUUGGGCGGAUCAUGGAGCUUCUUCUGGAGGACAACGACUGGAUGUGCGAUUGUGAGAUCCUUCACCUGAAGAUCUGGAUGGAGAACAUGCGGGCCCAGUCCGCCAUUGGGGAGGUGGUCUGCAGCAGCCCCCACCAGCUCAGGGGCACCAUCCUAGCCAAAAUCAAACGGGAUGUUCUCUGCCCCUCUCACGCUGAUAUCAACUUAGAGGAGCCUUCCAAGUCACUGGACAUGGUGGUCACUCCGUCUUCCAAAGUGGCAGAGAUUCCGAAGUUAGAGGGCGCCAAGGAUGACGUAAAGAUUCCGACACCUGCUUAUGUUCCAGGGAGUCCUUGUGUGGAACACUGUUCUUGUCACAGUCACCCUGUGGCUGGGUUUUUAAUGCAUUGUCAGGACAGAGGGAUUCAACGGAUUUCAGAUAUUGGAAUACUUGGGCAAAGCCCUACCAAGCUGGUGCUCACAGGAAACAUGAUUCAGAGACUGUUGAAAUAUGACUUUGUCACAUAUGACGGUUUGGAGUUAUUGAAUUUAGCCAACAAUCGAAUUGAUUACAUUGACAAUGAAACUUUUCUCAGCUUAAGCAAUUUGAAAAAACUUUAUCUCAACGGCAACAGAAUUGAAACCCUUUCCGCGACCAUGUUCAUUGGACUCCACAACCUUGAAUACCUAUAUUUGGAAUAUAACAUUAUCAAAGAAAUUGUUCCAGGAGCUUUUAAUCCUUUGCCAAAUCUCAAACUCUUGUCUUUGAAUAACAAUCUGCUGACUAGUCUCCCAUUGCAGAUAUUUCGCAACAUGCCCCUCACCAAACUGAACCUGAGAAAAAAUCUGCUCAUGCACCUGCCUGUUAGCAACGUGCUGGACCAGCUUGACUCUUUAGAGCAGAUUUAUUUAGAGGACAACCCCUGGGACUGCAGCUGUGACUUAAUCAGUCUCAAACAGUGGGUUGAGAAGCUGAGGAAGGACACAGUCGUAGGUUCCAUUUUGUGUCACACACCGAGAAAAGUGGCGAAAGCUGAGCUGAGGGCCCUCAGAAACGAGUUGCUGUGCCGCGGCCUUGUGACCUACUCCUUGCCCACGGAUGAGGACGAGACAACCACAGUGUCGACUGACGGCACUAGGAGCGGUUUCUUCAGCUCAAUCACGGACUCAGUUCCGCUCUCCGUUCUGAUCCUUAGCUUGCUCGUCAUCUUCCUCAUGGUCAUCUUCUGUUCAGCAGGGAUCGUGGCAUUCCUCGUGCACAGACGGCGAAGGAGGGUGAAGAAGAAACAGGCGGAGGAGCAGCCGCGGGAGAGCAGCAGCCCCAUCCACCUGCAAUACAGCAUGUACGGCCAGAAAACCACACACCACACACUGGGGCAGAGGACCGGAAGCACCGUGUACGACGAGCGCUCACACAGCCCCAUCGUCCAGAUCUGCCGCAACCCCACCUACUGCACUCAGCAUAAAGAAUAUGAGUCUGACCUCAAUGAACUGGACGAACCAAAGCACAUCUGUCGUAGCAUCAUGGAGACAGAGAAUACUUCCCCUCUCACAGGCUCUAAUUUGAAGUUCAGAGCUGUGACGUCCGACUGCCCAACUGAGUUCGUAACACUCGGAGAUGCGAGCUCCCUCUAUAAAAACAUACUAGAGAGGGAGAGGGUUAGGGAGCUGCAGCAGCUCGGAAUUACUGAAUACCUCCGGAAAAACAUGUCCCAGCUGCAACCAACGGUAGAGAUGCAGGUCCCAGGAUCAGGACACCACGAGGAACUGAAAUUAAUGGAGACUAUUAUGUUGUCGAGACCACGGAAGGUCAUGGUGGAACAAAUGCAAAAUGAGUACUUUGAGCUCAAAGCUAACCUACACACCGAGCCAGAUUAUUUGGAGGUUCUGGAGCAUCAAACUGCAUUUAACUGAUAGAAGAAGACAAUUCAUGGUUUUAUAUUCAACUCCAGAAGUGCCUUGUUCAAAACUGCCAUCUUAUGUUUUCAGUCGAAGACCUACAUAUCCCACAGCGGUCUUGGACAUACAAGUCAUUUGUAGCACAGAAUGUACUGUAUAAUUAUCAAUUUUUUGGUUAUUUUGUUUUCCUAUACAGUGCCUUGCAAAAGUAUUCAUCCCCCUUGGUGUUUUUACUAUUUUGUUGCAUUACAACCUGUCAUUUAAAUUCAUUUUAAUUUGGAUUUCAUGUAAUGGACAUACAUAAAAUAGUCCAAAUUGGUGAAGUGAAAAAAAUGUAAACUUGUUUCAUAAAAAUAAAAAAAAAGAGAAAACGGAAAAGUGGUGCAUGCAUAAGGUAUUCACCCCCUUUGCUAUGAAGCCCCUAAAUAAUAUCUGGUGCAACCAAUUACUUUCAGAAGUCACAUAAUUAGUUAAAUAAAGUCCACCUGUGUGCAAUCUAAGUGUCACAUGAUCUGUCACAUGAUCUCAGUAUAUAAACACCUAUUCUGAAAGGACCCAGAGUCUGCAACACCACUAAGCAAGAGGCACCAUGAAGACCAAGGAGCUCUCCAAACAGGUCUGGGAGAAAGUUCUGGAGAAGUACAGAUCAGGGUUGGGUUAUAAAAAAAUAUCUGAAACUUUGAACAUCCCACGGAGCACCAUUAAUUUAAAUCGAUUAUUAAAAAAAUGGAAAGAAUAUGGCACCACAACAAACCUGCCAAGAGAGGGCCGCCCACCAGAACUCACGGACCAGGCAAGGAGGGCAUUAAUCAAAGAGGCAACAAAGUGACCAAAGGUAACCCUGAAGGAGCUGCAAUGCUCCGCAGCGGAGAGUGGAGUAUCUGUCCAUAGGACCACUUUAAGCUGUACACUCCACAGAGCUGGGCUUUACAGAAGAGUGUCCAGAAAAAAGUCAGACAUGUUUUGUGUUCGCCAAAAGGCAUGUGGGAGACUCCCCAAACAUAUGGAAGAAUGUACUCUGGUCAGAUGAGACUCAAAUUAAGCUUUUUGGCCAUCAAGGAAAAUGCUAUGUCUGGUGCAAACCCAACACCUUACAAUGUGGAGAGAUGUUUCAACACCUCACAUCACCCCGAGAACACCAUCCCCACAGUGAAGCAUGGUGGUGGCAGCAUCAUGCUGUGGGGAUGUUUUUCAUCGGCAGGGACUGGGAAACUGGUCAGAAUUGAAGGAAUGAUGGAUGGCGCUAAAUACAGGGGAUUCUUGAGGGAAACCUGUGGUAUGUCUUAAAGAUUGCUGUACACCAGCGGAACCCAUCCAACUUGAAGGAGCUGGUGCAGUUUUGCCUUGAAGAAUGAGCAAAAAUCCCAGUGGCUAGAUGUGUCAAGCUUAUAGAGACAUACCCCAAGAGACUUGCAGCUUUAAUUGCUGCCAAAGGUGGCUCUACAAAGUAUUGACUUUAGGGGGGUGAAUAGUUAUGCACGCUCAGGUUUUCUGUUUUUUUUUUGUCUUAUUUCUUGUUUGUUUCACGAGAAAAAAUAUUUUCUGUCUUCAAAGUGGUAGGCAUGUUGUGUAAAUCAUAUGAUACAAACCCCCCAAAAAUCAAUUUUAAUUCCAGGUUGUAAGGCAACAAAAUGGAAAAAUGUUAAGGGGGGUGAAUACUUUCGCAAGCCACUGUAGACAGACAGCACUUGAAGUUGCUGAUAUAACAGAUAUCUUUCCCAAAUGUAAUUAUCAGGAAGGCAAAUAGGCACUGCAGGGGUAAGUUUUUGUUACCAGUUCAGCUUCGAUCUUUGGCAGGCCUUCAACUCUGUCAGGCUGUUUCCAUCAUAUGCCAUAAUCAGCAUGCUCAAAAUGCCGUAGACUUAACAAAAUGCCAACAUGUAUUCUGGGUCGCAAUGAUGGAGUGCACAUUAGUGCUGUCAUUCAUUAGAUUUAGCCCUUGCAUUAUUUCAAUACCACAUUUUGUAUUCCAACCAGUGGGAACAUCUUUAUACAAAUCCAUUUUCCCAAAACAUAGCACUUAAAAGUCCCAGUACAUAUAUAAAUCAUAACUUGCAUCUGUACAGAAGAAAUGCAUUGCACUAAUCAAAUGCCAUUUAAAAGAUGGUGCAUGACAAUCAACUUACUUUUCAACAGCAAUUUCUGUUUAUUGUUGUUCCUUUCCUGCUACUGAAGGGGACAGAACUACUGAUGUGUAUAAGAACCUUUUGUAUGAGUGUCAUUUUUACAAAUCACAACUGACCAGUUUCUCUCAGCAUGAUAAAUGUUCAGGUUAUGCGUUCACUUUAUUCUUCUGAUCGAGUAAGCAACCCUGUUCAACUCUGAAAAUGUUUUAUGUAAACUUUAUUUUAUACCAAUGUAGAUAAAAUAAUUUAUUCUGUAAUUUUUGUAAAUAUGUCACACAUUCUAUGUUAUUUUGUGCCUUCAGUGUUGUGCAGGUGAACAUGUAUGAAAUGUAAAUAAAGAAUUGCAAUACUGCAAA